UUUACACAGACAGAAGGCUUUCACGCGUACCUGGGUUUGUUCAGUGACGACUAACCAGGUCUGAUGGUGUGAGAGCUCUCACUUAAACGACAACUGUACUGUACCCGAAGAGCUGUCUCCUAAACUUCAAUCUCUUCCCACCUGAACGAGUUUCAACCCGAAGACCUUCGUCGCCAUGACUGGACAAGAGACCUCCGCCACUGCUGUACCUCCGGAAAUCUCCAACUCGUGGGAACUAGUCGAGUACAUCCACCCCGCCCUACUCUCUCUAGACUACACCCAGACCAGGGUCAAGUUCGCGAUUAUUGGUGCCUCCUUUGCACUCUGGGCUGUCGUCUUCGUCUUGUCGGCAAUCGUCGCUUCUGCCACCUUGACUUACCAAAAGUUGCGAUUAAAAGAGAAGAUAUUCUGGAAUCUUGCGUUGGUGAGGGCUUCCUUCGGCUUCUUCAGCAUGUUCGUGGGUGCUUGGGCCAUCUUCACCCACACGGAGAUGGACAAAGACGUGGUUUUCGGCACGACAUCCACCAGUCACUUUGCACUUUUAGUCACCGUUGGCUUCUUCUUGUUCGAAUGCGGCGCUUUGACCCUGUCAGACAUCUUUUUUAAGAGCUUCAGCUUCCUGCUCAACCUUCACCACUGGCUCUCCCUUGUGGGCUACUCGCUGGUCAUCUACAUUGAAGCUGGUCACUGCUUCGGUUGCAAGGGCCUCAUUUUGGAGAUGAGCACUCCCUUUUCCGCGCUGUGCUGGACCCUCCUGAAGGCCGGCAAGGAGAGAAGCCUCCUCUGGAAGGCUAACCAGUUCCUCCUUGUUCAUGCCUUCCACCUGCGUAACGUGGUGGAGUGCUUGUUCUGGUACAUCACAUACCAGAACUGGACCUACAUCCGGGAAAACAUGCCUACGCCCAUUUUUCUGGCCUUGUAUGUUCAGCUAACCUUGGUGUCCCUGAUAAUGACCCCAUACUGGACCUACAAGAAAACGGUUCAGAUGAUCAACCCGAUAGACUGGAACUUUGAAAGCCAAAAGAGGCCCCGAAACAUGAGCUAUGCAAAUGGAAAUGCAGAAACGGAAACUAAAAAAGAACAGUAGUCGGUACUACUCUCUUUCCUAGCAAUGAGUCGCACAACAAAAUUUCUGCAUCUGUGCUGAACAGCAGAAAUUUUAUCUAUCCAUGUACUGAGAUUUGAUGAAUGAACAUUAAGUUUAAAUUAAGUUUAGCUGACUUAUUGUAUUUUAUGUAAGCGUUCACUCAGGUUGUUUGCUAAUCUGCUUUGAGCACAGCGGUACUAUAUAGCUACUAUAUAGCUACAACAAAAGCAUGUUGUUCCUGUUUCCGCUAGAGGACUAACUGUGGACUAGAGGUAAUGAGACUGGAAGCAGAGCGGGACCCACUAGGUGCUUUAAGGGGUCGUCAGCUCUCUAACCGACAGUUCCGAACCUUGAGGGACACUUGCAAGGGAGUUUUAUAGCUUGGAAAAUAAAUAUAAUUUAUAUAGCUCAUUGUACUAUUUAACAGAAUUCUCGAUGCGAUUUAUAAGAAACAUUUUAUUGGCCUGUACCCACGAUCAGACCUGUUUAAACAUAAGGUGAAAUAUUGCAUGGGGCGAUGGAAGAUGGGGGAGGGAGCAGAGAUAGUGUGCGUUUUUUUUAAAUUUUAACAAAUGAUAUUAGCUUUGGAAAAAUAUACUGGUUAGUCAUCUACAUAUUUUUUACACAUUUAUCUACAAUUACUGAUGUGAUGAUAGAUUUGGGCUUAGUUAUCUUUUAUCAACUGAAAACUUAAAUAACAUUCUAGGCUUAUUGUGAUAUCGGUGAUGGUUAUUACGGUUUGACUCGCAGGCACACGCCGUAUUGAAAAACUUCCCAUCCCCAAAAUGAAUCCCGAAUAACUUUUAAUCUUCAUUGUCCGAUAUAACUUAUUAUACAAUGUAUCACAUGUUGCGUAGUCACUCAUGCUUGGGAUUAUCAGCACUUAUCAUCAGCUUGCGAGCUUCUCGUCUUUCACUAUGUCCUUACAAUGUUGGACAAUCAUCAUUGCCCUUUGAAGCCACAGAAGGGGGUGGUGGUGUUAUUUUACGCCGAUCCAGAGUCCAAUCCACAGAAAGCUCGAAACAAAGUAACCUCCUUUCGGUUUUUUAUGGCGUCUGAUACUUGGAGUAGAAAAACAGCAUGCAUCAGUGCCUCCAGUUUGUUAGGCCUAGAAAAAUGGGCAAGGGGCGCGCUCCUGUCUCUGAACGGCCCGCCCGCCAGUAUAUAUAUACUAUAUAUACAGUAUUAGGUAAAACUGAGUUAACUAUAUUAGUCAGGCCCUCCAAAACCAUCCCAAUUUCUGAUGCGACCCCUUGGGAAAAUAAAUUGCCCACCCUUGGUCUAUGAUUAGCCGAUCUACCCAGCAUAUGCAGGGUAACAAACUGAGUAGAUAUAUUUCCCAAAUGCAAGUCCUGACUAGUAGAGAGUGAAGUGAUCAGUAAUGUAGCAUGAUGUCAUCCUGUAUCAGCAAUAUUAUUAACAUGUUAUCUUACACAAUUCUGGCAUGGAUAAAUAACCCAGUUGUGAAUUUUAACUCGUACAUUUUUAAUAAGAGAUUAUCAUCGCUUUAUUAACUUUAUUUUGGCAACUAUCUGGUGAAUAUUGCACAGUAACGCUGCGCUUGGUUCUUUGCCGCACCUAAAAUACUCAGUCUUGAUUACAAAAAGGUACUGCAUUGAAUCCCGAGAUUUUAUGACAGUAAUAAUUAAAAACAAAUUGUCUACACCUCA